AUGUUGAAGAACUCAAUAGUGACCAAAAAUGCUAUUAUCACGUCGACCAAUACCCUGAUAAAAAAUAAUGUCAAAUACUUGCUUAUUGACCGUCAAUCAUUGUUUGCACAAUGGGAAAAUGAACAAAAGUCCUGUCUUAGGAUCCUGUAUCGAAGAUUUGCGAGAUUGCGACCAUUCAUUUCCAAUAGGGGUAUGGUUAGAGACACAUAUAUGGAUUAUAUCCGUUAUAAAUUUAUAAAAGAAGAUUAUUCCUUGAAGAGAAGCUUGGUACUUAAAGACGAAGGUGGCGAUACAUUACAUCCUCAGUACCCAUUAAAAUCAACAUUAAAGACGCUUGAUUUUGUUACUAAGGCAGUCAGUUUUAUACCAGAAAGAAAAGGUAUGAAAUUGUGUAUUGCAAGGGACAAUACCAUUUGUAGGCAGAUAAUGAAAAAUUUACUUACCAUAGAGUACUUUAAAGAAGAAGUUUCACGUUGGCAAAAGACAAAACGAGAGACAACUGCUUACAUCGAUUAUAGACUUAAAUUUAAUCAUCUAAAAAUAUUUGAUUGUGAGAAUGAUGAAUCGUCUAAAAAAGAAUGCAAGAAGACAAAGGAUAAACGCUUGAUAAAACUCCGAGUCAUUGGGGAGUUCGAUAGAAAUAUAAUAUUCAUGAACGAUAUGCUGGGAACUAGAUUGUAA